AUGGUCCGAACUUUGGGGCCUCCUACGUGGUUCAUGACAUUCUCUUGCAAUGAUCUGAAUUGGCCAGACAUGACAAAAGCCCUGCUUAUCGCAGAAGGUCGUGACGUAAAUGAAGCAGAGAGCCUGACUUUUCCCGAGCGUUUACAGCUGGUACAAAAACAUCCGGUGGUGGUCUCUCGACAAUUUACGGUGCGCGUGAAUGCUCUGAUGCGAUUCCUCAAACGCGACCCUGAUUGCUUAGGUGGUCCGGUAGUUGACUUUUGGUAUAGAAUCGAAUUCCAAAAUCGCGGAAGUCCACAUCUUCAUAUGUUGGUUUGGUGUGACAAUAUACCAGAUUUCAUGACGAAUGAGGGUAUCGAGGUGAUAGAAAGGGUUGUUUCAUGCUCCUUAAUGCCUGAUGAUCCUGUAUUGAAGACAUUAAUAGAAGACGUGCAAACACAUAAACACACGGCCACGUGCUACAAAAAUCGCAACGAUCGUUAUUGUCGUUUUGGUUUCCCCAGGCCCGCACAUGAGACGACAAUUUGCUUAGGGCCUGACGAAGUAUUGUCAAACAAUGGACGAUUUUGUUGUUUGAAACGAACUGCAGACGAAACUAUGGUGAACAAUUAUAAUCCAACUUUAUUGAGCCUAUGGAAAGGAAACAUUGACGUCCAGCCAUGUGGUAACGUAACAGCAGUUGCGUACUACGUGGCUAAAUACGCAAGCAAGUGUGAGCCCCAUGACACAGGUGAAGUUGUUCGAGAAGCCGUGGCAAAAGCCAAAAGGCAAGGUGGUCCUGUGUGGAAUCAGUUAUUUGCAGUCUCAAUGGCCAUUUUGUCUCAGCGCCUUGUAAGUGCUCCCGAAUGUGCAUAUAGAUUGUGUCAUUUACCUCUUAAAAUGUCUUCACGGAAAACAGUCUUCAUAAACAGCUGCAAGCCAAAUGAACGUUUCAGACUUCUACGAUUUGACAGUGACGAUACAUCUAUUUACAAUAAUAUUUUCGACCGGUAUAUAUUGCGCCCAGACGAACUAGAACAGUUAAGUCUCGCUGAAUUCGCAGUACGUUUCGAAUCAAUAUCUAACUCAUCAUGGAACGAAGACAAUGGUGAUGAGGAAUUACGGCGUGAAGAUGUUUCACCGGCAAGAUAUAUACGACUGAGAGAUAACACGCGGAUGCGUAUAAGAAAUAAAUCUGCUGUAUUGCGCACCCGAUAUUUUACUCUCAGCAGUGACAAAGAAGCCUAUUACUACAGCUUAUUAGUGUGUCAUGUGCCAUUCCGUGAUGAGAGUGAUCUACUACUCGAAGAGGAAACCGCUGAGCAGUGUUUCAUUAGAAGGCAAAGAGAUCUUCGUCCGUUACAGGGCAACGUUAGUGCUGAAGAGUUUGCUCACGCCGAGCAAAUGAUACAACAGGCUCUUGCUCAAGCGGUCGCUCUCAACGCUGCCCGUGACGCGGGUGACGUGGGUGAUGCUCCUUUAAUUUAUUGCGGUGAACAAAUUGUUAAUAACGAUGAUAAUUAUUGUGAAGAUGUAUGCGAAAGAUCUGUAAUGCCAGAUGAAGUCUUUUUAGGAAAUAUACGAGGUCUUAAUGUCCAACAGAAAGAUCUCUUCCAAAAAGUUUCUGCAGCUGUGGAAAGUGAUUUGCAGGGACAUGAAAGCCAAUUAUUGUUAUUCAUUACUGGCGGUGCAGGAAGUGGAAAGUCUUUCGUUUUGAAAUUAUUAGUUGAGCACAUCAAACGGUGCUAUGCACCUACAGUCGAUAUAUUACUCAAGGCUAAAUUUGUAGAAUUAGGUUCUUUAACAGGAGUAGCCGCACGUCAAAUAUUUGGCAAAACAUUGCACUCGAUAUUCUCUCUACCGAUUGAAAAAGGCAAUACCAUGACCUACAAAAAAAUGACUGGACAAAAGCUCGAAAAUGAGAGGCGUAAAUGGCGCCAUAUAAACUGGCUUAUUAUUGAUGAGAUUUCUAUGGUGUCAUAUGAAAAUUUGCGUAUUAUACACCUGCGACUCCAAGAAUACAAAAAUAAUGACAAUUUAUUCGGCGGGGUGCAUAUAUUGUUGUUUGGUGAUAUACUGCAACUUCCACCGUCUAUGAUGUUGGGUAUUGAAUCGCGAGUCAUGUUAAGGCGAAAUAUUUCGGUAUCCGAUGGGCUCGUGAAUGGUGCCAUGGGCGUUGUAAAGAAAAUUAAAUGGCCUGCUCUUAGAAGAGAUCAAUUAGAAGAAGGUGAAUUGCCUGAAUCUGUCCUUUUACAAUUUGACGACCCUUCUGUUGGUCUAAGAAUAAAAGAUGAUGAAGGUUAUGUAGCAAUUUCACCUGUUUGUACAACUUUCCAAGCGCAAAGAGGAUAUGGAGAUGUCGAACGGAGGAUGUUGCCACUCAUUUUAAGUUGGGCCGUAACUGUUCACAAACUUCAGGGAACAACCCUUGAUAAAGCAGUAAUUGAUUUAGGAAAGAAGAAUUUUGCUAAGGGACAGAUUUAUGUAGCUCUCAGUCGAGUGAAAACCUUAGAAGGCAUUGCACUAUCUGAUUUGGAUGCAAAUAAGCUAUUAAUCCGACCCCAUGACGAAAAGGCUUUAACAGAAAUGAUAAGGUUGCGUAAUCUUAACAACAACUAA